AUGGCACUGCAGGAGAAGCGGUCUCUCGUGCAGUUCGGCCUGAACCGCCGGCUGCUGCGCUGCGUGGGCCUGUGGCCCGAGGAACGGGGCAGCCCGUGGCGGCCGUCCCGGUGGCCGAACGCGCUGCUGCAGCAGGGCAGCCUCGCCGCCAUGGUUACCAGCGAGCUGGCUGCGCUGCGCCAGUACUGGGGCGGCGAGCUCAGCCACACCACCAUCAACGCCUGCAUCAUCCUGCUGGUGGCCGUCGCCCUCUGCAAGGCCUCCUCCUUGGUCUCCCUGCGCCGGCCCAUCAUACAGCUCAUGCACACACUGCAGGACACUUCCGUGCCUCAGAACGAAUGGGAGGAGCGCAUCUACUCCGGAGCUGCGAGGCACGCACGCCUGCUCACUCUGGUGCUCUGCGUCGACUACGCUAUCGUGGCCUUCAUCUGGGACUCUCUGCCGCUCCUCAACUUCAUGCAGCAGUCGCCGGAAGGACGCUACAAUAACAGCGACGCCAUAUUCUCACAGGCAAUGAAACGAAUAUUUAAUACAUCAGAAAAAUCUACUUUUACAGAGUUUCGUCUGCCGCAGUACCCGAUCAUAGCACUGUACCCGUGGGAGGUGCAGACCGGCCCCGCCUACGCGUUCACGUUCACGCUGCAAGUGAUGUGCGGCGCCAUCUUCACCAUGACGCACCUGGCGUGCGACACGUUCCUGAUGUCGCUCGUCAUCCACAUCUGCAGCCAGAUAGACGUGCUACGCGCCUCGCUGCAACAGCUGGGCCGGCGCGCCGAGCGCGUGGGGGCGGCGGCGGCGGUCGCGGAGGCGCAGGCAGAUGCGGAGCUGUGCGUAGGCCGCCUUGAAGGUGGCGGUGACCGGCACAAAGCCCUCUGUGGCCAGGGCUGCGAGCAGGAGCUGUACCAUGAGCUCGUGGCCUGCAUAAAGCACCACAAGAACAUCAUAGGGUACGUCGACGUGUUGCAGCAGGUGCUGAGUCCAGUGGCGCUGGCACAGUUCAUGUGCAGUAUGGUCAUCAUCUGCCUAUCAGGCUUUGGCAUAGCGAUUUCUAAUGACUUUGGCGACCUUUGUCGGUACAGUGUAUACUUCACUGGAGCAGCCAUUCAGCUCCUAAUAUUUUGCUGGUAUGGAGAAGUACUGAUCACAAAGGUGACCUGCAUGUUUACUCCUGGUGCCCUGCAGAAGAAGGAUCAGCCGCUGUCUAGAAUAUACAAGCAUAUGGCAAAGAAUAUUACCUAG